ACCUACAUCCUCAAGAGUGGGGCCAAACAUUGCCAACAUACAGUAUAUGCCUAGUUUCGAAGGCCUACUUUCUUUGAUUGUCUUGAGCACAAGGGAGGAUGCAGAUCAGCCUUUUGCACAAUGGUGUUGCAUCCAACCAAAAGAUAUCUCAAAGAUGCCAGAGAGUGCGUGGAAGCUGGUCUUCUACACAAUGUCGUGGUCAUACAGCACAUACCUUUUGUUUUUCACUAGCUAUUCCUUCUUUCAAAACCCCCCAUCUGUGUUUUACGACUGGAAGAGUGGGAUGUCGGUUCCGACUGAUAUCACAAUAGCUUACCUAAUCCAGGGCAGCUUCUACGGCCAUUCCAUAUAUGCCACCAUCUACAUGGACGCCUGGAGGAAGGACUCCCUUGUGAUGGUGGUGCAUCACUUCAUCACUCUGGCCCUAAUCACAUUCUCCUAUGCCUUCAGAUACCACAACAUUGGCAUUCUCGUCCUCUUUCUUCAUGACAUCAAUGACGUUCAGUUGGAGUUCACCAAGCUCAACGUUUACUUCAAGACCCGGGGAGGGAAAGAGUACCUCAUCAAUGAUGUCCUGUCCAACAUGGGUGCCAUUAGUUUUAGCAUCACAUGGUUUUGGUUCCGUUUGUACUGGUUCCCCCUCAAAGUUCUGUGGGCCUCCUGUGUCACCAGCAUCCAGUCGGUUCCCAACAUCCCUUUCUAUUUCUUCUUCAACACACUCCUGUUUGCCCUGCUCCUCAUGAAUAUCUACUGGUUCCUGUUCAUUGUACUGUUCGUGGGGAAGGUCCUGACGGGCCAGAUGAAGGAGGUAAAUGACGUGCGGGAGUACGAGGAUGAGGACCUAAAGGAGAAAAAAGACACUAAUGAUCAGAUGUCUACUGAAGGGAAACACGUGCAGAACGGGAUCACCAAGAAGAAACAUCUAUAAUGUCUAGGUGCUGCCACCUGCAGGCACUUAACGAUGACGGCAAGGUACUAAUAUGGCCUAGUUUGAUUGUAACCUCAGAACGCCAAGGUGCUUGGACAGUUAUAAGAAGAAACAAUAUCGACCAUCAUUUGUGUUUUAUCUCUAUUGUUUUUUUUAUCACUGUUAUUAUAAUUGUAAUCAUAGCACUGUGAUUGUUAUCUCUCUUGUGUAUUGCUUAAUUUUUUUUACUUUAUUUUAUUUUAAGUUAAAUGAGUGACCUUUCACUGAUAAUUAGGAACUUACGGCUGGAGUGCCUAUGAUAUCUCUGCCCGUGAGAAACAAGCCCAUGCAUUUUGGAGAACAGCGGAAACCAUGAUAACCAGGUUUUGUGGUCGUCAUCUGGACCACAGUUCGUUUUAGACCACUGUUUUUGUCGUUCUGAUGCAUCUAUUUUCAUUCCAGGUGUGAAAAAAA